AAUCUCGCUUCAAUACUCCCGAAUUUCUCUUCCAUUUGGUGGCUGCUCACUGACCAUCUCACACUGCGUCAUAUCCCGUCAUGGCUUCUUCAAAUCGUCCCCAUGACUGAUUUCAAAUCGGAAAUGACAUUAAUCUGGGUCUAGCUCUUUAUUCUGGUUCGGGUUAUCGUCAGACUCUUCUCACACACUGGUCGUCAUGUCAUCAUAUGCGCAGUUUAAUCCCUCGUUUUGGGGGGCCAUCCCGUGCCUACUUAAGUGGCUGCUCUGCUCGCCUACCCAUUCCGCUUCUCAGUAAAAGUCGGAUCCGAUCCAGCGCCGGCAAACAACAAUCGCGGGUCCUUUGGCUACUGUGUUCCCGGUCUGGGGGAUGGUUCAGCUGUGGUCGACCAUGGAUUACACACGCCACUCCCGAGAUUUCUGCCAACGUUGCAGGGGGACUCGUGUCAUCGAUGAUGCAAUUCCUUGUUCAACGCGAUCAGGAACCUACAGUAACCGGCGGUGUUGAUAUAUACUUGGGAGAAGUUACUUAAACCGUGUCGACACCGCAUCGUCUGGUGUACUGUGUAGCAAUAACCUUGAUGCCUCGGGUACUUCCCGUUCCUCUAUAUGGCAUUGUAGUAAUCCCGUCUUAUAGUAGUGUGAGCCUAUAGCAUUCGGAGCAUCCCGUGACAACUGCAGGGCGAGUCACUGGAUCGUCG